AUGAAGCAGAACCAGCCUAGGCCCAUCCGGUGGCCCCCGGCUAGGGCCGCAACCCUGAGUCAGGGCACCCAAAAUUGGCUGGGGCCGCUGGAGGUUGGGCAUCGGACUUCAGAGGCGGCUAGAAAAGUCACAGGCCGGGAGAGCUGCGAGGAGGCCAUCGCGGUGACCCAGGGCUUGAUCCAGGGUGGAGACAAAGAGGAUUCCCAGAUCGCAAACUCCUGGGACGGGGAGGAGAAGGGAAGGGAGCGGGAGGAGCACGGCGGGAGGUGGCUGAGGAAGGGAGAUGAGGAGUUCUGUUGUGCAGGAUUGAGUUUGCCGUACUGGCCGUCGCCCAUGCGGAGGGGUUGGGGGAAGGUGGAGUUGGGAGACCCUGCGGCAGAUGAGAAGAGCGACUGUAAGAGUGACUUUGUCCGCCAGCCCGCUGCCCCCGCCCAGACCCCCGCCAGCGUCCAGGAAGAUUCCUUUAUUCCAGGACUGCCUUUCCACCCUGGGUUUGCUGAGGAGACUCCCCUCAGUGGGGCUAGGCAAGAUGCGGGCCGGAGGGCGAUGGCGUCACCGGCAGACGGGACGGCUCCCGGGCCGGGGACCGCGGCUCCACCGAGCCCCCCUCAGCCUCGCCGCCCCAGGCCCUCCGCUCCCCGGACUCGACUCGGCCACCCUCUCUUCACCCGGCCCCCGGGACCCCAGGUGACGGUGGGAGCUGCUGUGAGCCGGCCCACCUCGCCGGGCCCCCAGGAGAGGAGCGUGGAGGCCCCCGGCAUGGGAGGGGUGGCCCCUCUGGAUGCUGAGGGGCCUCAGGACAUCACCUGGGUGGCAGCGACACCGCCAGUCCUCCCUGGUGUCCGAGAGGGGACAUCGGCAGGCCCGGGACCAGGGAGCCUCAGCCACCUCAGCCAUGUUGCUGCUGCUGGCAGCAGGAAGGAGGAUCUGGCUUCCCAUCUCUGGAUGUUGGAGGAGUUUUCCCACUCAGCCCCUGAGGAUCUGGCCUCUCCCAGCCCGGCCCCGACAGGCCGGCUCCCGUCCUCGCCGGAACGACUCUCGCCCCGGCUGGGCCACCGGCCCCCGACGCCCCCUGGCAAUGGCACCAGCCAAGAAGCGACUCUGGGCCUUCUGACUGCGGCUGCCCAGACCACCCCCUGGACCCCGGGUGGGCCCUACAGCAGCCCGCCUCCCCCGGAGAACCUCGGGGCCCAGAGGGACUCUGCGGGAGAGGGCCAGAGUGGGCUGCCUCUGCCAGGGCAGGGCACCAGGCCCGCAGACUCAUCGCCGACUGGUCCAUCAGAGCUGAGCUCGCUGGCCCUGGGCUCCGGGUGUGGGUUAAGCCGGCCUUCUCCCGGAGCAGCCCUCCCCCAGGGGCCAGCCACUUUGCCCACUGGCGAGCCCUGUCCUGGGCUGGAGAGGCAGUGGCUGCUCAGGGGGAUGGACCCGGGCCGGCGCCGCCCAUCCAGUGCCCCAAGGACGCCAGGGACCCCGGGCAGAGCUCCGGAGGACAGGGCCCCUGGGAUGGCAGCAGCUCCUGGGACGUGCUGCCCAGCGGAAGCGUCGGGGAAGCUGGGACAAGACCAGAGGAGCUCCGUCAUGCCAGGAGCAUGGACCUCUUUUCCCACAGACUCCCUGCUUGGCAACCCCUCCACCGGACCCCUAGCCGGGAGCCGGGUGGCCCCAGGAUCUCCCGUUCUGCCCCUCCCCAAAGCUCCCAUCCUCUGGGAUGCUGUUGGGCUCGGAAGACGCCACGCGACUCACAAGCCUCCCCGGCCCAGUGGGACCAGCUGGGCCUGGGGAGCCUCGGGUACACCCCGCACCAGAACGAGCCCCAGGUGGACCCCCCAAGCCUCCCCUGGGACUCCCAUGUCCUCCGUCCUCCCUGUGAAGCCAUCCUUUGGCUCCCCUCAGGCCCACCCGGAGCCUCCAGUCUCCCGGGCCACCCAGUGGGUGUGGCUCCUCAGGACGACGGCCCACACCCCGGCUCUCCUGGAGGGUCACCACCCAGAGCCAGGCCCCCUCACCUCCACCCCUGGCCCAGGCCUCUCCCCUUCCCCGAGCCCCGCCGGCCCAUCCCCGGGGGGCCCGGGCCCCUGGACGACACUCCGGCCUUCCACCAUAGGGGCUGGAGACCCCACCUCCGCGGCACCCGACCGCAGAACCUCCACCCCUGCUGAAUCCUGGGCCUCGGCGGCAGCCUCCUCUCCAAGCUCCGGCUCGCCCUUUACCUCACCCCCGGGACCUGGAACCCCCAAAUCUGGGAUGGCCAGGCAGUGGCCCCGAGGGGGCCCGGUGACUGUCUCCAGGAUGGCCCAUUUUACGGAGGGAGCUGACGCUGCUGCGGUUGCAUCUCCCCGGCCCUGUGCCCCCCUUAACAGGCUCCUUACCUCGUCCUCAGGUCCUGGAAGCCCCCCUUCUGGAGUGACUGGUGAGGGGCCCCCAGAGGGUCUGGAGGCCACCUCUGUGAUGACGGCCUCUUGGAAGGAGGACACUAAUAUGUCUGCGGUCAUGUCUCCCCAGUCCUGGGUGCCCCCUGCACUCAGUCCUCACUCGCCCUCUGUGACCAGCCUGAGCCCAGAGGCCCCUGCCCACCCCAUCGCUCCCUCAGGGGUCCUGAGGGUCCCGGGGGAAGGAGAAAUGCAAAGGACCACUGCCCUUCCAGAGGAGGGGGGGAGCUCUGCCCCAUCCUCCUUUUGGUGGUGGUUCUCCACUGCCCUGCCAGUGCCCUCCCUGACCACAAGUUCCCGUGCAAGAGCUGCCGAGGGCUGGACACUUCCCGGUGCUCCAUCUGCCUGGCCAGCACCUUCCCUGACCGCAAGCUCCCAGGGAACAACUGCUGAGGACUGGCCAUUGCCUGGUGCUCUACCUGCCUUAGCUUCCGCUGCAUGGCCAGCCUCCUUCCUGACCACAAGCCCCCGGGCAGGAGAUGCUGAGGGUUGGACAUUGCCUGAUUCUCUGCCUGGCUCAGCCUCCACCGCCUGGCCAGCGGCCUCCCUGACCGCAAGACCCCAGGCAGGAACUGCUGAGGGCUGGACAUUGCCCGGUUCUCUGCCUGCCUCAGCCUCUGCCACCCGGCCAGCGCCCUUUCUGACCAAAAGCCACCGGGCAGGAGCUGCUGAGGGUUGGAUAGUACCUGAUGCUCCAUCGGCCUCUGCUUCUGCCACCCAGCCAGCGCCCUUUCUGACUAAAAGCCACCAGGCAGGAGCUACUGAGAGUUGGACAUUGCCCGCUUCUCUGCCUGGCUCAGCCUCUGCCACCAAGCCAGUGCCCUUUCUGACCAAAAUCCCCCGGGCAGGAGCUGCUGAGGGCUGGACAUUGCCUGCUUCUCUGCCUGGCUCAUUCUCUGCUUCCCGGCCAGUGCCUUCCCUGACCACAAGUCCCCAGGCAGGAGCUGCUGGGGGCUGGAUGUUCCCUGGUACUUUACGUGCCUCAGCUUCCAUUGUCCAGCCAGUUUCCUCCCUGACCAUAGGCCCCCACGGAAAAACUGCUGAGGGCUGGACAUUGCCCAGUGCUCCACCUGCCUCAGUCUCUGCCGCCCAGCCAGUGCCCUUUCUGACCCAAGGUCCCCAGGCAGGAGUUGCUGAGGGCUGGACAUUGCCCAGUUCUCUCCCUUCUUCAGCCUCCACCCCCCAUCCGGCACUUUCCCUGACCGCAAGUCCCAAGGCAGGAGCUUCCGAGGACUGGACAUUGCCCAAUUCUCUGCCUGCCUCAGCCUCUGCCACCCAGCCAGCGCCCUCCAUGACCACGCGCCCCUGGGCAGGAGCUGCCGAGGACUGGACGUUGCCCAGUUCUCUGCCAGCCUCUGCCACCUGGCCAGUGCCUUCCCUGACCCGAGCAGGAGCUGCUGAGGAUUGGAUAGUACCCAGUGCUCCAUCUGCCUCUGUUUCUGCUUCCCGGCCAGUGCCCUCUCUGACCACGAGCCCCAGGGCAGGAGCUGCUGAGGGCUGGACAUUGCCCGGUUCUCUGCUUUCUUCAGCCUCUGCCCCUCAUCCGGCGCUUUCCCUGACCACAAGCCCCCAGGCAGGAGCUACUGAGGGCCAGACAUUGCCCGUUUCUCUGCCUGGCUCAGCCUCCUCCACCCAGCCAGUGCCCUCUCUGACCACAAGCCCCAGGGCAGGAGUUGUUGAGGGCUGGACAUUGCCCGUUUCUCUGCCUGGCUCAGUUUCUGGCACCUGGCCGGCGCCGUCUCUGACCACAAGCCCCAGGGCAGGAGCCGUGGAGAGCUGGACGCCCCACAGUGCCCUUCCUGGCUCGGCCUCAGCCUCCCCUGGGAGAGGCCCGGCUAUCCGGGCUGCUGGGAGAAGGGAGGGACAGGACCGGGCAGCCCCUCGAUGGCGUUUAGGGGGAGGCGGCGUGGGGGGUGGCACUCAGGGGUCCCUGCCUCAGGGCUCUGAACGCCCCUCUGAGCCCCCACCUCAGAGAGGUCAACUGGGCCCAACAGACUGGAACCCUGGGGGCACUCUUGGGGGUCCAGAAGAAAUCAUGCCCAGGACAAACGCCGUCACUUCCAGGCCCCCAGGAGCUGCUCCGGCUCCAAGAAUCCCACACGCCCCGGAGGCCUCUGGGCCUGUGCCCUCCAGCGGAGCAGCCACCUCUGGGAGAGAUCGCUUCUUCAUCGUGGGGAACCGCGUGCCUGAGCUGAGAGCACCAUCAGUCCACAUCCCCUGCCUUCUGGUGCUGGAAAUGGACUUCGUCCCUGGCUUCUGGAACCACCGCUCAUGCGAGUACCAGCACCUGCUUCGGGGCUUCAACGAGACGGUUUCACCCUUCUUCUCUUCCUCCAUCCCGGGGUUCCAGCGCCUGGAGGUGUGGAGAGUCCGGCCGGGCAGCGUGGUGAUCCAGUAUGACAUGGUGGUCGGCGAGGAGUUUUCCGUGGCUCGGCCCUGGGGCCUGGACUUGCAGCUGGACGUUGUGGCGAUGGAUCGACUCUUCCGCUCUGGCCCACUGAGCUCCCCGGUGCUGAGGAGCCAGGUACCCGAGAGCCCGCUGGACCUGUGUUCUUUGCUCUUCUCCUGCCCCGCUGGUUUUGAGUGUGUCCUCACCCAGGGUGGCAAUGCCAGCUGCACCUCGCUGUGCCACCGGGACUUCUGUCGGAACCAGGGCAUCUGUACCCACCUGCAGGGCCAGGGGCCCCUGUGUCAGUGCCCCGUUGGCAGCGACUUCUGGUUCAUGGGGCAGAGGUGUGAUUACCGGGUGACCCGGUGGGGUCUGCUGGGCCUGGUGGUCGGCAUCCUGCUAGCCACGGGGCUCGUGGCUGCCCUGGUGGCUUACGCUGUGGUCCGCAGAUUCAAGGCCAUGCUGGUGGAGGCCAGAGUCAACCAGACCAGGAGCAGCUAUCGCCGCUUCUGCCGCUUCGACGACACGUCCGGCCGGGACUGGGGCCAGUCCUGGCUGGGGUCGGCCAGCUCCUUGGACAACCUGGCCUUCAGUGACUCGGAGGAGCAGCUGCACUUGCGGAUGUUGGACUACAGCUGCUGCAGCUGCGGAGACGCCAUCCCCGCUGCCCCCCGGGCCCUGAGGGCCGAGCCCCAGCUGGGGACCACCAACCCGCCCAGUUUCUACUCCGAGUACGACACAAGUUCAAGUAGCAUCAAUGAUCAUGGGGUAGAUUCUGGGAAAGCCAGCGAUAUCUCUGGGUCAAGUUGGCCCCCAGAGCCACCCUUCCCACUUCUACGCCACCUGAACACCGAGCGCCUGCCUCGCCCCCCGAGACCUCACUCGGCCUGUGGGGAAGGGGGACCGGCCCCUCCCGAAAGAAGCUGGACAGCUUAAGCCUACAGCCGCAACUGAAGACCUGCAACAAAGCGAGACAGACCACGCCGUCUUUCAGCUUUUAAAAACCAACCACGUUUUAUUUUCACAUAAGCUCGGUGAAGAAACUCAUACACUUGAACAAUACAAUUAAUGCAGUUAUGACAAAUUCAUCUCAAAGCCCCAAAGGUCAAUCACUUUCAUCUUCAAAUAUUUCUAGACCAGAUUCUUUUGAAGCCAGCUUUGGUUUCAGAAAGCCAGUAUGGAAGUCUUUACAGAUCAAACGUGUUGAGCAGCAACGAUUGCAUUGAAUUGUCCAUGAUCUUUUUUCAACUUACACCUGGCAAGUCAAACGUAAUGCAUAAGCUUGAAGUCGUCUACGUCGAAGUCUGUACAGUCGGGCUGCCCGCCAGCCACCGCGGAAAGGAAAAGCCAAGUUAAGAAGCGCUGCUGCAUUGUUCAUUGUUUCACAGGUAACUGAGGUAUAAUAAUUUAACACCAGUACACUUCAAAAUCAUUAAAAGUUUGUUUUCCCAAAACGCUCUCCUUAGUUGCAAGAGUCCUGUUAAGGAUCAAGCCUGGCACAGAUGGUGGAGUUGGGCGGAGGGGAAGGGGGGGAGAGAGGGAGGGAAAGGGCAGGCAACAGAAAAAGUCCUGGGGCAACGUGACCCU